UUUAGUUUGAAGCAAAGGAAAUUAAGGUGCCAAGGAAAAUAACGCUGUAGAAAACACACUCAUUAACAACACUGACAGACUCGAAAACUUAGAAACAGGACAACAUGGAGUUGACAAAACUAAACCUUUGGUUACCUUGCCUAUUCGGUAUGUUAAUAUCAAUUUGCAGAGCUACAAAGAAACAACCACAUCUUAUUUUUAUUCUGGCAGACGAUUUGGGUUGGGAUGAUGUAGGUUUCCAUGGCUCCCCUCAAAUUCCAACACCAAACAUUGACGCACUUGCCAACGAAGGCGUCAUAUUAAACAACUACUACGUGUCUCCGAUGUGCACUCCGACUAGAGCGUCAAUCAUGUCUGGAAAACACCCCAUCCAUCUUGGUAUUCAACAUUUCGUUAUCUUCGCCGCACAGCCUUAUGGUCUUCCGCUGAAGGAAAUAACGACAGCGCAGUAUCUCAAAUCCCUGGGUUACCAGACUCACGCGGUUGGAAAAUGGCAUCUUGGAUAUUUCACUAAGGAGUAUACACCUUUGUACCGAGGCUUCGACUCUUUCUUCGGAUUCUUGGGUGCGAAAGAGGAUUACUGGGAUCACAGCUCUUUUGAGGAUUACUGGGGCUAUGAUCUUCGAGAUAACGAGAAGCCAAUCAGAAGAGAUGGAGUCUACGCCACGGAUCUCUUUACCCAUGAGGCCAUAAAAAAGAUCAAUGCUCACGACAAUUCUAAACCAAUGUUUUUGUACCUCGCUCACCAAGCAGCGCAUUCAGCCAAUAAGAACGAUCCUUUGCAGGCACCAAAACAUCUUAUUGAGAAAUUCAGUUUUAUAAAAGACAAAAGAAGACAAAAAUACGCUGCCAUGGUAACAUCAUUGGACGAAUCGGUUGGAGCAGUGAAGCAGGCACUCGCAGAUAAAGGAAUGCUACAGGAUUCUGUCAUCAUAUUCACCACUGACAACGGUGGAGCUCCUUAUGGAUUCAACUGGAAUGCUGGCUCAAACUUCCCCUUCCGGGCAGGCAAAGACACCCUGUGGGAGGGUGGGGUGAAAGGUGUUGGUUUUGUCUACACUGCUAAUGAUCUCAUCAAGCAGAAAAACCGUGUUUGCACCGGACUGAUUGAUGCAACAGACUGGGCAGCGACUCUAUACCACUUAGGGGGAGGUGAUGCAGAGCUUAUAUCGGCCAGGACUGACGGAAAGAACGUUUGGGAGACGAUAUCGAACGACGCACCAUCACCUCGGGAUGAAGUGUUGCAUAAUAUAGACCCCAGACGAAAUUUUGAAGCCAUCCGCAAAGGCAAAUUCAAACUUGUGGUUGGGAUGGAUGACACGUACCAGUUAGGAUGGCACGCGAGGUACCCGACGGAACAUCCUCCUCCCUGGGAGGCAAAUCCAACACUUCCUGGAGCAGAAAUCCACUGUGGCCCGUGGACGAAUGGCAAAGGCAUGUGCGACUCAAAGCAUCACAAAGCUUGUCUUUUUGACCUUGAAAGCGACCCUUGUGAAUACAGAGAUGUGUCAGAUGUCUAUCCACACAAGGUUCAGGAGUUGGAAGAGAGGCUUAACUACUACCGCAGCACGGCGCUGCCAGUUGUUUAUCCAAUGAUCAGCCCGAAAGCAGAUCCAAAAAAUUUUAAUAGUUUUUGGGGUCCCUGGGAAGUUCUCAGAGAUAAGUCGGAGUACUUUUCUGCAAAGAGUGCUUGUAAAGAAGUGCAUGCAAAACAGGUCCAGCUUGGUUUACAUCGCAUGGUAUACUCCAAUCAAACCCUGUAAAUCAGUGAAAUGAAGAGAUAUAUUUUCAUAGUCAAUGAAGUCUGGUUGCAGACGGAGACGUGUAACAUUUGAAUCCUCAGUAUCCACAUGUUGGAGUCACAGACGGCUUUCAUGGACGUUGUUCAUUACCCUGCUUCAUCAAGAGUACUCAAAAAACAUUAUACUAUUGUAUACACGAUU